AUGGCUUCUUCUUCUUUCUUCUUCGUAGCAUGUCUCCUUCUCUUGCCUUUUGCCUAUGCUAAUAUCAACACAACCACCAUAACAAACACCCCUUCUCUAUGCCCUUUCAAAUCCAUUUACCAGUUUGGCGAUUCCUUCUCCGACACCGGAAACUUUCUGCGCAUUUCCGGUGUCACUACCAGUUUCCACGCCGACCGCCAUCCCUAUGGCCGGACCUACUUCCGGAAACCCACCGGCCGCUUCUCCGACGGCCGUCUCAUUGUCGACUACAUAGCCUUUGCUCUCAAGCUUCCUUUCCUCGCUCCUUACCUCGACAACUCGGCUUCGUUCGUUCACGGCGUUAACUUCGCCGUCGCCGGAGCCACGGCGCUCGACAGUAGUUUUUUUUCCCAGAGACACAUUAACGCGCCGGCGUACAACGUUCCGAUCAGCGCCCAACUCAAGUGGUACCACGCGCACCUGAACGCCACGUGCCACACUCCCUCCGCCUGCGCGCAAAAGGUCAGAAAUGCCCUUUUCAUCUUCGGGGAAUUCGGCCACGACGACUAUUACAACGCCCUUGCCCAACGUAAAUCCGUCCACGAUACCAGAGCCUACGUCCCGUACGCCGUCGACGCCGUUAUUAACGGCGUCAGAGACAUCGUUAAAUCCGGCGCCAAACGGGUCAUUGUCCCGGGUACCAUCCCAUUCGGGUGCCUGCCCGUUUACCUCACUGCCUUCCGGAGCUCCGACCCGAAAGCUUACGACGACCUGGGUUGCCUGAAAAGCCUCAACGACCUCUCCUCCUACCACAACACCUACUUGAUGAAAGCUCUCUCGUUGCUCAGCAAAGAACUCCCCAGCGACGCCGUCGUAGUCUACGGCGAUUACUACGGCGCUUUCCGGUCAGUUCUCCGGCAAGCAUCCUCUCUCGGGUUCGACAGCGGGUCGUUACUGAAAGCCUGCUGCGGAGCCGGAGGAGUGUAUAACUUCGACGCCAAGAAAAUGUGCGGCUCCGGCAACGUUCCGGUUUGCUCGAACCCGGCCCGGUCCGUGAACUGGGACGGCUUCCAUCCCACCGAUGAAACCAAUCAUCGUAUGUCGGAGAUUCUGAUUGAUCAAGUGUUAAGGAAGAUUACGUGCGCAUGA